UAAGAGCAGCGACUGUAGUUGUCUCACAUAUUUAGAGUUCAUUCUUCAGAAACCCCGAGUGUGUGCAUGUGUUUAUAUAUAGAAUAACUGUGUUUUCUUUUCACAGGUGGCGUCUGACAUACAUUCCAGCUUCAUAUCUGCUCUGACACUCCCACAUACCCAUAACUCUGUCCUCUGGACCUCCACGACUGGAGACGGCAGAUCUGAUCUUCUCUGUGGACUGAUUCUGGUUUCUGCUGAAACACUGAGUCUGGAUCUGGAAGAUCGUGAGUCAGACGCUCCAGAAUAGAAUCAGAAAUACUCCAUGCACGCCUGAGGAGGAACGUCUGAGGAACGUCGACUCAGAAUCACUACAGACGAGCAGGAGUCAGUGCUUCAGAGCUCAACAUCAACCUAAAUACUCCGUCAUAAUAAGACAUAAAACACACUAGCGUUUGGGCCUUGCUGAGCAGAAGAGACCUUUGACCCCAAACAUUGGACCGCUAGUGUCCCGUCUCAUCAUGAGCGUCUCCGCCGGACAGCAUCUGAACACCUCGGCCGUGUUUUCUCUCAUAGGUGUGGCCCGUGUGUGUCAGCUGACGCUGGGCUGCGCCGUCGUCUCAUUAGUGAUCCACGGCGCCGGUUACAGCGCCACCUACGGGACCUUCUGCAUGGCGGUCUGGACGAGCUGCUUCGCCAUCAGCGCGGCCGUGCUGGUUCUGGACGUGACCCGUCUGCAGGCGAGUCUCCCGCUGUCCUGGGAAAACCUGACGGUGACGUUUGCGUCUCUUGCCACGCUGCUCACGCUCACGGCGUCUGUUGCGUAUCCCGUGUUCUUCGUGCGUGCCGCCGACUGUCCGUACAACAACUGUGAGGUCAGAAACUUCCGGAUCGCGGUAAGCGUGUGCUCGUGGGCGGCAUGCGUUGCGUACGGGACGGAGGUGUUCCUGUCGCGGGCCAAACCGGGACGCAGCGUGAGCUACAUGGCGGCGGCGCCCGGCGUCCUGAAGGUGGCGCAGAUCUUCGUGGGAUGCGUGAUAUUCACGUUGCUCGGCGAAGGGACUGAUUUCACGCGGCAUGCGGCGACGCUGUACUGCGCAGCUGCAUUCGGCGUGUGUUUGGCCGGGACCGUCCUGUUGGUGGCGCUGGCGGUGUCGGGUCGGAGCGCGGCCCUGCGGAUGCCGCGGAUGCCACGGAUGUCGUUCGAGCGGCUUGCUGUGAUCCACACGUUCGCCGCAGUGCUGCUGUACGUGAGUGCCGCUGUGCUUUGGCCCGUCUUCUGCUUCGACAGAAAGUAUGGCGCUCCGCUGCGGCCGCAGGGCUGCCCGAGGGGCAAGUGCUCAUGGGACGUGAAGCUCGCCGUCGCUGUGAUGAGCUUCGUAAACCUUGCGCUUUAUAUCGCCGACCUCGUCUGUUCCCACAGGAGCCGUCCUGCGGAGCAGCGGACUCGAGUCUGAACAUCACGACACACUGAUGAUGCUGCUGGAUUACUGUAUUCAUGAUAUGAACAUCAAGUCCUGGUACAACAUUCCUGUGCAACUAAAUCCAAACCAUCAACUGCCACUAAAAUCUGAUGUACAACGGUGCAACUCCAGCUCGAAGUGUCAUUUCGUUAUUUUUUUUAUAUUAAUAUUUUCAAUGGGUUUGAUUUUUAGUUUACAUUUUCAUUCUUAAGUUUUAGUGAUUUUGUUUGUUAAAUUUUGUGCUUUUGUCAUUUUAUUUUUAUUUUAACAUUAAGGUUUAUUUGAUUUAGUUUUAGUUCUUUAUUAAUUUGUGGUUU